AUAAUGGUUUAAAGGGUAUCAAAGUAAUUCGAUCAAAUUAGAGGCGUAAACCCUUGAAGAUUAGACUUGACGAUUUUCGUUAAUAGGCGGGAUCGGUUGUGACUUUUGGGGGGAUCGGUUGUGUGUUACGUCGAUUGAGGUCAAUAGGCGGUAAAUACGAGAAGAUAUACACGCCGAUUUUAUGAUCUGAUAGAAUUAAGCGGGAUCGGUUUUGUUUUUUUGGGGGGGAACGGUUGUGUGAUACAUGUGUAAUCGACGAUUGAGGUUAGUAGGCAGCAAAUUAGAAAAAAUAUACCCGCCCAAUUUAUGAUCAGAUAGAGAUUUGAGCGGGGUUAGUGAUUUUCUUAUCCAAUUUAUGAUACAUGUGUAAUCGACGAUCGGUUAUGAUUUUUCACAGUUGUUUCGGCAUUGAUGAUCUUUCAAUAUCUUCUUAAGGGAUAUUUAUUAUCGAUGGAUAGUGGACAGUCUUUGAUAUCUACGCAAAGGGAUGGUACUGUCAAAGUAUUUAAUUGUGAAGAAGAUCAAUUGUGUGAUUAUAAUCAUAUCAUGACACCCAAACCUUCAGGAAAAAGUGAAAAAUGUUCUGGAUUUGAAUCUUCUCCUUCAUAUAGUUUCCUUAGCCCAGGAGUAUUAAAGGAAAUAGAUGAAAUCAUAUACAGAAGAACCAAAAAGAAACUUGAAUUCAUGGAUGAAAAUUCUACAGGAACAGGAAUUGAUAUUUGCAGUUCAGCUUCUAGUCUUUGUUCUCCGUAUAUGAACAAAAUAGUUUCAAUUAGAAGCAAGAUUACUGAUAUUGAGAUUGAUAUUUGCAAGUCAAUAUUAUGUUCAAAUAGAAAUCUUCGGGAAACCAUAUGGGAGUUAAAAGAUGCUCAACUUAUGUUUGUUGAAGAUUCAUAUUGUUUUGAAGCAAACAAGCCUAUUAGUUGUAAUGUUAUUGAUUGUUGGUCAUCUUUCCUUAACAUUAUUUACACACCAAACUUAGUUAUGGCACCAUCCAGAGUAUUCUUCCAUACAAAAAUAUUGGUUAGUUAAAAUAUUAUUUUUAUUUAAAAUUAAUAUAUACUAACUUUUUGAUAUAUCCAAUCAUAAUACAGAGUAAUUAUAUUCUUGAUGAAACGAUAUCAGAUCUACACAAAUUUGAUAAGUUUAAAUCGAUAGUUCAAUAAUACAAUUUAAGGUUCUAUGACAAAUAUCCAUUUACUGACGUAGAUCUGGUAAAUAUCAUGUUUCAUUAUAUAUAGAGCUAAUAACAUUUCAUACAUUAUAUAUUUUUUAUGUUUAUACGUGCAGUUUUUUUUUCCUAUUGUUAAUGGGCCAAAAUAUUAUUUAAUAUGUUUUGAUUUGAGGAAACCUGCUUGGAUGAUCAUAGACCAUAUUUAUAAUAAUGGAGAUGUGGAAACAAUCGUAUGGAAAUAUUCCUAGAAUAUUGGUAGGGUAUGAAGUACUUUAAUUUACUAUCUUUUUAUAAUAGUAACUUAUUGAAUUAUAUUUAAUAUAUAAAUAAUUUAAUAAUAAAAAUUGUUUAUUUGUUUUAUGCAGCAUUACUUCUUCUGCCUUUAUUUAUUUUAUGUUGGUCAUGAAAAAGAAAGUGUUUUUGAAAAAUUUAGCAUAUGUGGUUGGUUUUAAGGAAAAUAUCUUAAAUGCAGUUUGAUAUGUAAAGUUAUCAUGAAUUUUGUUAUUAUGUUAUUGAUUUUAUUGUUUAUAACUUAAAUGAAGUUUGAUAUGUAAAGUAAUCUUGAAUGUUGAUAUUUCUGUUGUUAUUUACCUUAUUAUCACUAUGUUAAAUAUCAUUGAAAUAAUUUUUUGCAAAUAGUUUUCCUUUUUUUCCUGUCUGUGAUGUGCAUUUAUUGUCAAAGUGUUUGAUGUAGAGGGGCUAUAACUGUAAGUGAAAGUCCAGUUAUGAAAUCCACAAUUUCUACUUGGCUUACAUACUUAAAACAUAUGUGAAGAUGAUAAAAAAAAUAAAAUAAUGUAAUAAUAAUUAA